AUGACUCAUCAAACCAUGAACAUAGAGAAUAUAGUGACUGAAAAGCUUCAAGAACUCAAACUGAACAAAGAUGCUAAGGACAUUCAAUACGGUUUUGAUAAGGUUCAAAGUAUAUUCAUUAAUCUAACAUCAAUUACACAUUCCAAUUGGAUAAAAGAGAUGCUAAAUAUUCCUCAACACAUCACAGCAAAUGAAGAACAAUCACAUACUCUGAAUAUAAACAUAUCCAACUUUCUAUUAUUUUGCUUUGAGCUCGUCAAAUUGCUAUCUCUUAAGAAAAACAUUAAUGUUUCUGAAUACUCAAACAUUGUUCCAGAAAUGCUGAAAUCAAACGAAGAAUUUGAUAAUUUAAUUAAUAAAAUAGUUAAAUCUUAUCCAGAAUUAUUUUAUUACCAUUCGCAUCAAUUGAAGAGAACUAUAAAGCAUCCAAAUAGUUCAUUUGUUGUUAAAGUGGUACUUCAACAAGCAUCAUAUAGGCUCCUAAGAGUAAUUCAUAAUGAAUUGAAAGGUAUUGAAAAAACCCACAUCAUCAAGAAAUCAAAUUACAAUAAAAACAUGAAUGAAUGGGAUAUUGUGCAUAUACCCUACAUUGAUUUGGUGAAACCAAAAUUAACAACAAGGUCAAUUUCAACUACUGGAAACAAUCAACAUGAGUACAUAUUUUUUAAUCAAUUAUCAGGGCCAAGAUUUAAGCUAAUAAGCCAUGUUAGGAAGAGAUUUAAUAGAGGAGAAGUUGCUGAAAUCAUUAAUAAAGCGGGAAUUAAAAGUGAUAACAAUAUACCGUUUGAACAGAUACUAAAGAUGGAUGAAUAUUGGGAACAGAAAAUUGGGAUAAUUGAGAAUCCAAAAGAGUUUACAAAAGUCAAGAUGACUAUAGAUGAGGAACUCAAAAUGGAAAUAAUCUCAAAAGUGCUUGAGAUUGAAAACCUGGAGAUGUCUAAUUAUAAGAGAAGAAGGUUGAAUAUUAACAUAACUGGUUCAGAUACUCCCGCUGAAGAAGAAGAAGAAGAAGAAGAAGUUGAAGAUGAAGAAGAAGAAGAUGAUGAUGAUUGGGUGGAGAAUUUAGCAGAUGCAGCUGAGAAUACUGAAACAAAUUAUGAUAUUGAUGAUGAAGAAGAAGAUACAAAUGCCAUUGAAUUUCUAAAGCAAUUAGAAAAAACAGUUUUUGAGGGUAUAAAAAAUCCACUUGAUGCAUUGAAGGCUUUGGUUCUUUUUAGAUUUUCUAAUGGAUCUAUUAGUAGAUCUACUUCCAAUGAAAUCACCAAUGAUUUUGAAAUCGCUGCUCGUUCCGUUUAUGGUGACGAUUAUAAAGAGAAACUUGAUCACAUUCAAAACAAAGAAGAGCUAUUUGAAGAAAUUAGAGAUCAAAACUUUAGAACUUUGAAUUCUCUUGGUGAAGAUAAAAGAGUUAUUGAGAGAGAUACAAUAAAAAUUUUAAAAAUGUUAUCAGAUUACAAGCUGGUAAAAAAGAUAUAUUGCUGCAGUUUUGAAAAGUGUUCUACAAGUUCAAGAGCUGAAUGGGAUAAUGAAGUUGAAUUUAGAUGCUGUAUCUGCCACAAGACCAGUAGAAAAGCUGAUUGUGAAUAUUUUUUUUACCUAUCAAUUAAAGUGUUUUUGGUGGCAAUUUUCAAAAAUGUUGAACUAUUUAAAAGGAUUGAUGCUUUCCACAAGAAAUUUCUGUUUGAAAGUAGUGAUAGUUCAGAAGAAUUUCUCUGCUUUCAAAGCAGUGAUUUUGUACGUAUCAUGAAAUCAAGAAAACGAAAUGCAAUUCUACCAGACGGUCGUCGAAUUGAGAGCAACAAGUCUUACUACAACGGGUCAGAUUAUAAUCUAACGUGUUUUAUACAACUAGACGGUGGUUCUAUUAACCGCUCAAGUCAGAUUUGGCCUUGUAUUUUAAAAAUAUUGGACAUAUCUGAUACCAAUUCUGAUCAAUCGAUAUGUUUUAGACUUGCUGCGUUUCCAUGGUUUAAUACCACUAAAGAGAUAGACUACAAUCAUUACAUGACAGAAUACAUGGCUGAAAUAGGGAUGCUUGAAGUUCAUGGAACCAUGGUGGAAUCACCAAAUGGGGAGAAGCAUAAAGUGUAUUUAACACAUUUAGCAACUUCUGGUGAUUUACCGGCCAUUGCAAAAGUUGUAUCGAGUAAAGGCUCAAAUGCUAAUUCCAGCUGUAGGUGCUGCGUGCUUUAUGUUAGAACUAUUGAUACCGAAUUAGGUGCUGUUAGAAAUGUGAAUAAGGUUAUGAACCGAAUGAAAUUUCAAGAUAUAGAUACAGUGGAAGAGAUGGAAGAUGCUUUACAAUCACUGAAUGCAAUUAAAGGUAGUCGCCAAGAAAGCGGAUAUUUUACUGAUGGAUAUACAAAUCUCAGGUUUAAAGAUUCAAGAUAUCGUGAAUUGAUCAAGCCAAUACUGAAACGAAAUCCAGAAUUAAGCACUAUAGCAGGUUUCAAAUCAAUUACUGAGAUGCUAACGUUUACUGAAACACUGAGAUGCACACCAGGCAUAGUACCGGAUUCAAUGCAUAUGGUUGAAAACUUAAUGUCCAAGAUACAAAAUGUCUUAUUCAUAGAUAAGAAUACUUUUUUAGUAUCAAAAAGUGGUAGAAAAGAAUUAAAUAGAAGAUUUGAUGAAAUUUCAAAUAGUUUACCAGGACAUUUUUCAGAAAAAUUCACUUCAAAUGAUUUAAAAGGGUACUUAAAAUGUGACCAGCUUCUAAUGCUCCAGAUGCUAUUACCGGUGGUCAUUGCAUCAGCUGAUGGUAUACACGAAGAUUUUAAGAACAUAAUAUUCAAGUUAAAUUCAGUGUUUCAUCUUGCUCUUGGAAGAUUUGUUAAAAAAACGUGGUUAGAUCGAGAAGAUGAUAUGUGGAAAAUAGUUGAUGAGUUAGAAAGUCUUUAUGAAAGUGCUGGUCUUGAAAAUCAUGUCAAUAUAUUUCUUCAUGAAAUUGGCCAUCUCAUACGAUGGAGCUCUAUGUAUUCAAGGUUAGGUUUGUUUUCAUGUUUCGGAAACGAACGUGAGAUGUUGUUUUUUAAGAAGUCAAUAAUAUCUAGAAAUACGGUAAUAAAAAGUGCAAGUAUAAAAGAUAUAGCUUUAAAAGGGUCAUUAGAUGCAUUAUUAAAGUCUAUAUCAUGCGUUAGUAAGAAUGUUUUUGAUUAUCAAUAUAGAAAAAUCACAAAAGAUUAUAUCUGUGAAAAUAUUCCAAUGAAAUUUAAGCUAAAAAUGAUGGAACUGGUUACCAGUGGUGGAACCGCGCAAUCAUAUGAUGAAUUAGAAAAUGAAUUAGUUGAAAAACUUAAAAAUGAUCCAGUUUUAAAAUCAAAAGUUCAAGAAAUUGAAAAAAAAUUAAAAACAAAGUAUGAAGUUGAAGAUCCAGAGAUCAAUAUACUUGGAUGUGGUUCCUUGAAAAAAGUGGAUACAAAACGAGUGAAUAUUAGGUUUCUGGAGGUCAUUAAAGAAAAGUUAGAGAACAUUUAUGGCAAACAAGAAACAAAAAGUUUGUUUCAGAACAAGAAAGUUUCUAUUAAGUUCACACCAAGAUAUACAAUAAUGAACCCAGUUGGUGAUAUGGAAACUAUAUAUUCAUCUCCUAAAUGUUUAUCAAUUGAAAAUCUUUAUGGUGAAGAAAUUGCAGGAAACCGCCAUAUUGAUCGAUUAAAUUUAAAAUCUAACAGUGUUGUGUUAAUCAGAUACUAUGGCUCAUUUGGUGAAAAACAAGCUUUUCAUGAUGACAAUAAUCAAUUAAAUUCAGAUUCAAAUAUUUCAAAUUCAACUUCAAAUUCAACUUCAAAUUCAACUUCAAAUUCAAAUUUAAAUUCAAAUUCAAAUAAUUCAAAUAUUUCAGAUUCGGAUUCAGACUCAGAAUCAAAUUCAAAUUCAAAUUCAGAUUCAGAUUCAGAUUCAGAUUCAGAUUCAGAUUCAACUUGCAACUUCAAAUUUAACUUCAACCUUUGGUCAACAAAGAGACGGUAA